GUAUGGUAGAUGCCUUGACAUCUAACGUUCACUGAUCACAUGAUCACACUGAUCGAUCGAAAUAAGUCGUUAGGUUUAUACACUGAUGAGUUAGUCUGCACCGAUCCGGUUGCAUUAUGGGUGAUCAUCACGCCGAGGACACGCUCGAUCAGGUGGAACCUCCGUCCUGCCCUCCAGCAUCCGCACCUUCACUCCAGGACACGAUCGGGAGAAGUCGGAGCAAGCCUCGGGUAAAACCGUCAACCCAACAUCCCAUCAUGAGCAAGCCCAGCUCCAGAGCAUCUGCUUCACUGAAAGGAACCCGAGGAGCUGCUUUAAAACCGCCGAUCAACAGAACCGAACCGAACGGAGGUGUACAGGAGGAACCGGGUAAAGCUGGGAGAAAGAGGAGGACAGUAACAGUGGACACUUCCAAAGCCAAAACCUCCCUGGAGGCUCUCAAGCUCAGCAUCAAAGAGCUCAAGUGGAAAGAGUUUCCAGCGGGCAGACGGGCAGCAUGCGAUAUCUACUGGCAUGGUGUUUCCUUUCAUGAUAAUGACAACAUUGUUUCAGGGCAGGUUAACAAGUUCCCAGGAAUGAUAGAGAUGUUACGCAAGAUCAACCUAAGUCGCGCGGUACGCACCAUGCAACAGCUUUUCCCAGAGGAGUAUAACUUCUACCCGCGCUCAUGGAUCCUGCCAGAGGAGUACCAGCUCUUCUCCAAUCAUAUUCGAAUCUUAAAGGACAGUGACUCCAGCCUCAAACACACCUUCAUUGUCAAACCUGAUUCCGGCUCCCAGGGUGACGGCAUCUACCUCAUCCGCGAUCCCGCCGACCUCCGGGCCAUCGCCGGAUCGCAGGUCAAACAGGCAGUGAUCCAGGAGUACAUCCAGAAACCCCUCCUCAUCGACAAGUUGAAGUUCGACAUCCGCCUCUACGUCCUGGUCCGUUCUCUGGAUCCUUUAGAGAUCUACAUCGCCAAAGAGGGCCUGUCCAGGUUCUGCACCGAACCCUACCAGGAACCGAGCCAGAAGAACCUCAAUCGUGUGUUCAUGCAUUUGACGAACUACUCGCUGAAUGUCCACAGCGGCAAUUUUGUGCACUCGGACAGCUGCAACACUGGAAGCAAGCGUACGUUUUCCAGUGUGCUCUAUCGCCUGGCUUCUAAGGGGGUGGACAUCAAGAAGGUCUGGUCAGACAUCAUAGCACUGGUUAUCAAGACUGUUAUUGCACUUGCUCCUGAACUGAAGGUCUAUUACCAGGCUGAUAUUCCACCGGGCAAGCCAGGACCCACCUGUUUUCAGAUCCUGGGUUUUGAUAUCCUACUGAUGAAGAACCUGAAGCCUGUCCUGCUAGAGGUCAACUCCAAUCCCAGCAUGAGGAUUGAACAUGAACAAGAGGUUUCACCUGGUGUGCUUGAGUAUGUUCCCAGUCUGGUAGAUGAGGAAGUCAAGGUGGGAGUCAUCAGAGAUACUCUGCGCCUUAUGGAUCCAGCUCAAAGGAAGCCCACAUCAAACCUCCUGACCAGAACUUCAGAAGCAGGCGUCAUCGUGGAAGCGGGACCGGACGAGAAGGCGGAACGCGGAGACUCCCUUCCCCCGUUGUGUCUAAAACAAGUCUUCCCAAAGUACAUGAAGCAGUUCAACUACCUGCGAAUAGCGGUACGAAUCGCUGACAUCUUCUUGCGCUUCCUGGGGGUCAAGGGAACCAUGAAACUCGGGCCUACCGGCUUCCGCACCUUCAUCAGGAAUUGCAAGUUGAGCAACAGCAGUUUCAGCAUGGCGUCAGUGGACAUCCUGUACAUCGACAUCACCCGCCGCUGGGCUGGCACAGUCUCCGACUCCAGAGAAGCUGGAAUGGGACUGCAGGCAUUCGUGGAGGCCUUUUUCUUUCUGGCUACACGUAGGUUCAAAGCUACAUUGCUCAGAGAGCAGGUCCUGUCACUGCUGGACCUUUGUGAAUCGGCUCUCAACGGGGAAGGACAAGACGUGAAGCCGCGCCCUUUAAAACCCCAAUCUAACAAUAACCCAGCCCAUGCUGCACCCACAUAUCAACAGCCUCUUCGCUCCUCUGGGAAAGGAAACUUGGAGAACUGGGACGCUGAAGGACGCCCACCUUCUUAGGACUGUACUGGAUUAAUAGAGACGUUAGAACCUUGGUUUGAGACGGGUGCAUGCCAUCAUAUGCAAAUUAUACAGUAUAUUAAUUAUAGAGAAUAAGUAAUACUGAGACGAAUUCGCUGCUGGGGAUCCCGAUGGUGUCCAAGGUGGGUAUAUAUCUCCCUGACACACUGUGCGUGAGGUUGGCUUGGCUGCCCUGGGCAACCAAGGUCCUUAAAAACAUAGUGUUGAUAACCCCACCCCUUAGUCUGGUCUUUCCCACCCAGCAGACUGGAAGCCAAUUUUGUCUAUGCCUGCUAGAGAGCGCCCAGCUGACCGGUAUUCGAGAUUCGAACCCCAAAGCUCAGAAUCCUGGCGCUGAUGUGCUGGCGGAUUAUUCUGCUGCGCCACCCGGGCAUCCCCCCCCUUUUCUCUUAAUUUAGCAUAGCCAAUUUGCUGCUGGGGACCCCAAUGACGUCCACACCUCGAUCUCUGCACUCCUCAACUUUCUGGACAGGCGCCCUGGGCAACCAAGGUCCUUACACAGUGUUGAUAACCCCACCCCUUAGUCUGGUCUUUCCCACUCAGCAGACUGGUGCCCAGCUGACUGGUAUCCAAGAUUCGAACCCCAAAGCUUAAAAUCUUGGCGCUGGUGUGCUGGCAGAUUAUCUUGUUGUGCCACCCGGGCACCCCCCCCCCUCUCAGUUUAGCAUAGCCAAUAGGGACCCCAAUUGCGUCCAAGGUCGACUUGGCGUACGAAGAGCCACGCCUCGAUCUCUGCGCUCCUCCACUUUCUGUACAGACCUUACACAGCGUUCAUAACCCCACCCCUUAGUCUGGUCUUUCCCACCCAGCAGACUGGCGCCCUGCUGACCGGUAUUCGAGAUUCGAACCCCAAAGCUCAGAAUCUUGACGCUGGUGUGUUGGUGGAUUAUCCUGCUGCGCCACCCGGGCAUCCCCCCCCCCCUUUUCCCCUUUCUCAAUUUAGCAUAGCCAAUAGGGACCCCAAUUGCGCCCAAGGUCGACUUGGCGUACGAAGAGCCACGCCUCGAUCUCUGCGCUCCUCCACUUUCUGUACAGACCUUACACAGCGUUCAUAACCCCAUCCCUUAGUCCGGUCUUUCCCACCCAGCAGACUGGAGGCCAGUUUUGUCUGCUGCAGGCAUUAGCCAACUGUGCCUGCUAGAGGGCGCCCAGCUGACCAGUUUUCGAGAUUCGAACCACAGCAAUGCUAUUCAAUGUAUUCCACAGCAACGCUAUUCAGGGACGAGAAGACUCUAAAUGCUUUGUAGCGCUGUCGGAUCAUACCGCUGACUUUAAAUAAGCUUGAAGCAGCUGAUUGUACACAACGGCCUAUAAAUAAUCAGCGGCCUUAUAAUAAACAUGGUGACUCGGCAUUAAGUGCAAUAAAGGUUUACUUCAA